AAACACCUCACGCACUCGCACACACACACAGCACACACACGCACACACACACACACACACUCAUUCAUACUCGCACUAUUUUUUUUUUUUUUUUUCCUUUCCUUAUUUUUUCCCUUUUUCUUUUUUUCAUUAAAACAGUGAAAAGAUGGCCGCUCCUAUUCCAGGAGACCAAUUUGUUCGAACAUUACGACAUUAUUUAGAAGCAAAUCAGCAUCGACUUCUCAGUUCAUCUCACCCACCUAAACAACCAUCUAUCCCAGAAGAGGUAAAAGAACCGACGUCAUUACUAAAAGCGGUUUCUUCCUUAUGGACUAAUUCGCGUACACCUGCCGCCACAACAACGCCUGUCAGCAGUAAAGAAAGUAGUUUGGGUUCAAGACCCACCUCUUUAUAUGGUGUCCAAAUACCUUACAUGUCUUUAUUAGCUGCUACCUCACCUAACGCCACCAGUCUUUCUAAUACACCAUAUAUGCCUCUUCGUUCAAGCCUUACUCUCGAUGUGCAUUAUCUCUAUUUUUUGCUUGUUCAGUUUGAGUAUUUAGGAUUGGAAGAUACCCACUUACCCGUGCCAGAACACGGACUUGUAGAAACAGAAACAACACAGUCAGCCGGUCAAGCGCCUUCAAUGAUAUCAUCUGUAGGAUCCGUCAUGUCCACCUUGUCCUUGUCUACAGGCUGGCAAUUUUGGUCCAACAAUAGCAAUAAGGAAGCAGAACGACCGUUACAUGAAGACAUAGUGUAUAUCCACCGUUAUUUAUCUAAAGUGUCGGCACUCAAAUUACACAUGAAUAUCCUGACCGAUGCUCACAAAGGUGUGACAAAGAGUGGACAGCGUACAAUUAAAGGUUACGAGACACCGUUACCUCAAGACGGCUCUAUUUCGUUACCUCUCACCUCUUUUAAGAAUCUCACCUAUCUUGAAUUAAGCCAUAUCCAUCCUGCCCUGAUUUCAAACUGGGCCGAUCUCAAAUCAUCUCUGGUGAGUUUGGUUAUUAAAGUAGCCAAUGUGGACAAUGCUGUAGAUGUUAUUGGUGAUGAAGAACCCUGGACCGCCUUAAAGAUGCUUUCAUUAGCCGAUAAUAGUUUAACAACGUUGGACCAGGAACCUGCCAACAUGAUUCGAUCUUUAACUCAUCUCAAUUUAUCCAGUAAUCUCUUGAUUGAUAUCCCUUCGGCAUUGGCAUCUCUUUACAAUCUAUCUAGUUUGAAUUUAUCUCACAACAUGAUUUCAUUCACCACUGGCAUUAAUACCGUCUUGGGUAACAUUCAGGAAUUGGAUUUAAGAGGAAAUAGAUUGACCGUAUUGGCUGGAUUGGAUAGAUUAUGGGCUUUAGAAAGGUUGGAUGUAAGAGAUAACCGUAUUGAUGAUGCCACAGAGAUUGGAAGAUUGACCGAAUUACCGAACAUCCAAGAUAUUUGGGUAGAAGGGAAUCCAUUUACCAAGUUACAGCCUGAUUACAGGGUAGACAUAUUCACGUUAUUUAAGGGCAGUGAUUUGGAUAUCGAAUUGGAUGGUACAAAACCUACUUUUGCAGAGAGACGCCGUAUCCAUGUCGACGGAGAUCAUCAUGCCACACCUUCUGCCAUUGUUGAGGAGCCCGUGUCUAAAUGGCCUUCUGCCAUCCAUCAUGACGAUACAUCAGCACCAGCAGCAGCAGCAGCGGUUUCAACACCUGCUAUUCCUAAAGCAACAAAAUUAGCACGCGCCAAAACCAAGAAUAAUAAACGUAUCAUCCGAUUAGGUCAAGUGGAAAAUAAAAACGAGGCACCUAUUUUAUCCGACGAUGAAGAAUCGAAAGCAAAUAAAUAUGUGCAUCGAUUAGCCGAAUUAGAAGAAGCCGUGCAACAGGAACAGGUGGUUGCACGUCGAGCAGCUUCCGUGAGAUCACGUCGUAGCAAGAAAUCCUCCAAUGAAGAGAGACCUACCCUUGAAUCCACCACCAGUGACUCGACACGUAAAUCGUCAGACGCAUUUAGAAAAAAGAUCGAAGCGAUGCGAAAAGAAGCAGGUACAGAAUGGUUGAGAGUGCUUCAAGAAAUGGAUGUAGUGAAGAAAUCAACACCUACCACUGAGAAAUAAUUAUAUCCACACAAUCACACACACACACACACACAUUCUUUUUCAUCAUCUACACUAUAAUAAACAAAUGCCCUCUUUAACUUGAUGACCCUUCC